UUAUCAGGAAAGGGAUGUCGGAGAGCAGCCGGCGUUUGACUCGGAGACGUUCGACCUGCUCGCAGUGGCAGCGUACGAUCCCGCGCUCUUUCGUCUCUGCGUGAUGACGUGUGUCAAACCGGCCAAUCCGGUAAAACUGGACUUGAUUGCGUUGCCAGCGUUGUUUCCUAACUAGACUUGUCAGAAAUCUAGGAUGGCAAAUUCAUUAUCAUUGUAAAGAAAACUCUCCCAUAAACAUCCUAUUUUUACUUGCUGUGGAAUUGUGUGGCAAGAGCAGCACUAUUAUGAACGCAAACGCACCAUACCGGAAGUAAAGUUUGCAGCUUGACAAUUGUUGUUUACGGAUGUGCCGUAGGUCCACACUCAUAUUGAGGACGCUGGGUGAUCAUGGAGCUCGUGCAGCUUAUUGUCGAGUCCCUCUACAGCAGUAGCGCCUCGCGCACGCGCAGCUAGCGGCAGGUAGCCUCAGCUGGCUCAGCGGGAUGCGGUCCGACGUCCCGUACAGUCCGGUGGGAGAGGGGCUGGGGAUGCGGGAGUUCUGGCUCUACGUGUGGCUGCGGAGGGCGGCGGUGGUCGCGGCUCAUGUCACCGGCCUGGGCCUGACGCUCACAGUCUCUCUGCUGUCUAGACCUGGAACCAUGGAGGGCGCUCUCUUCUGCUUCAGAUCUCGGAACGGUAAAAUCCGCCUCCACUGGUUCUGCCAGGCUCUGGCCCUGAUAGCUGCAGCCACCGGACUGGGCUUCAUGGUGGCCAGUAAGAACGUGUCCCAGCGCUCCCACCUGGUCAGCUGGCACAGCCUGCUGGGCGUGUGCACCUUGGCUGCCACCGUGCUCCAGGCAGCGUGCGGCAUGUGCGUGCUGUUCCCCAAGCUGCUGCGCCCGUCGUCUCCGCCCCGGCUGAAGCUGUACCACGCCACCUGCGGCCUGGUCGUCUAUCUGCUGGCCACGGCGACAGUGAUGUUGGCCAUGUUCUCAGACUGGUUCCAGGCGACCGUGCGAGGGGUUGCUUGGUGGGCGUUCCUCCUCCUCCCACUUUUUCCUGCCCUGGUGGUGAUGACCCAGAUCACUAAUGCCUACCUGCCCCGCAAGAAGAUAACCACCUAAGAAGCACAGAAAAGGACAUCCGCUUUCAUCUGUUACUGUGGCAUCAAGUGAUGAGGAGAAUGCAAUAAGCAUGUUAUGGCUAAUACAUUCUGGGUUGAAAUCUUGAGGUUGAUGGAUGUUUUGUACCCAAAUGCUUCAUAGUAUUGCUCAUGUUCCUCCUGGACUCUUGAAUAGUUUAGUUGGAGUCGCCACAUAGUGCUCAGUGAAGAACCUAAACUUUGCUGAAAUAAGUACAGACACAGGUUACUGUGCUAGAAAACGGCUCACAGAGGACGGUUGUCAUGGUUCCUGCCCAGGGUAGAGUCAGCUGCCUGUCCAGACACAUAUUUGCACUAAUUACUAAGUGUAAUCUGGUUUCUGAGGGUGAAUCAAGCUUUGGAACCGUAUUUCUAUUCCAGCCUGUACCUUGUACUUAUUUAUCUAUCUGUGAUGAGGCUGGUUUGUGUUUUGACUACUUAUGGCUGCCAUGUAAAGCCUUUUACGAGUACAGUUACAUUGGUUCUUUUGUCAUCAAGCCCGAACAUUAGUUCAUCAGUUUCCUCGUGUCAAAGUCGGUGGGUUUUCAUGUUUUAAUAUGCAAGAGCUGCUUAUAUCAGCAAUUUCUUUAGAAAGUUUACAUCAUUUAACAAAGGAUGUAAGCCUUUAUUAUGAACACAAGAGGGGUUCUGUGGGAUCGGUUGAUGUAAAGGAUACACCUUGAAAUAAACCGUGGAAACUACACAGCAUACCUUGGGUUCAUGGUGUCACCACAUCUGACCCAUGUUCCUCACUUGUUUGGUUUUAUUAUCUGAGGAAACAACACGGGUGCUUGUUAAAGAGCCAAAGGCACAAAUGCUAUUGCCGCAAACAGGUCAUCAUUUUGUUUCUGACCAACCCUGACAUGUAAUAUCUGUAAAACCUUGUCUUCCUUAACCUUCAGCAUUAUAUACAUGAACACUGGGCUUCACAUCUAGCAUUUCAGUACAACAUAUAGAGAGACAAACUCCUGUCAAAGAUCAGUCUUUAAUGUUCUAGUGUGAAUCCUAAACCUGCUCAUGUGAAUAUAUCCCACAGACAGUUUGAAACUAUAGGUUUUUAUUCCUCUGUUUAAGCAGGUUGCUACUAGACCUUGGCUUCUGUAAUAAACAAUAAAAUACAUUUGCAAUUGUAAUAUUUAAAAUAUGGACCUAUAGCCACCCUGUUUCACCACACUCCUUUUAGUUUUGCUGGUAUCAUUUUAAGGUAGUAUUUUGUAUUUUUCCCUCACAUUUAGCAUCACACACAACAAAGAAAAUCCAGGUCAGUCAAAAAGCCAAUAAAGUGCAGAAAACAAUGA